AUGGAUGGAGCAGGUUAUAUAUUUUCUCUGGCAUAUGGUGUGAUUGAUUCUGAAAGUGAUGCAUCAUGGACGUGGUUCUUUCAGAAUCUAAAGGAAACGCAACAGGAUUCAUAUACCUUCACACCACUCAUUGGAAAGUUUUAUGACAUACUCAAAGAGAACGAGGCUUUGUGUACUCAUAUGACGGUUGUACCAGCCACAGAAUAUGUGUAUACUAUACCAUGUGCACAUGCUUGUGUGGUGUUGGAGAAGAAGAAUUUUGAGAAGGGGCCAUACUGUUGUGAUUUGUUUCAAUCAAAAACUGUUUUGAAAAUAUAUGGUGUUCCCAUCUACUCGUUGCCACACAAAGAUGACUGGCUAAUUCCAGAGAGCAUACUUGAUGAAAUAGUACUGCCUCCGAAAUACAAAAGACCUCCAGAAAGACCUGUGAAGAAGAAUCGUGAAAAAUCAGGCCAGGAUAUGUUUGGAAAGAAGAACAUCAACUCAUGUGGUGGUUAUUGGGCUAAGGGUCACAAUAGGCGUUCCUGUAGGAAAUAUCGAAAAUGA